AUGGUCUAUCAGCAUGUUCAACUGGCGAGCAACGGUUUAAUUGCAACGCUUGAUCUUAACGUGGCCGAACUGCAGCAGUUUGUCAAACUGAAAAGCGCUAGCAACGUGAAGGUUCUGGUAGCAAUAGGCGGCCCCAAGCAAAGCUCCAAACUGCUGUCGUCGCUUUUUGUUAGUAGCUCCCAACGCGUCGUUACGGCGAACGCGAUCCUUAGUUUUCUGACAAAGUACGACCUGGACGGAGUGGAUUUCCACUGGCAGUGGCCAGUUCUGAGCGGGGGCAAUCCGGAAGAUCGGGUCACAUUUCCUAAGUUUCUCCAACAACUGCAGUUGGUAUUGAAACCGGCGGGCAAAAUCCUUAGUAUUUCGGUAGCACCUACGAAGGAUCACUUUUUGUCCAGCUACGAUGUGGCUGCCAUCGAUCCACUGGUUGACUACGUCAAUGUGAUGGCAUUCGAUUUGCACGCCUUCUGGGAUGCACAGACCGGACACAACGCUCCGGUUUACCGUGCCGUUGAGGAAACUACACGAAGUGAGCGGGAGCUUAAUAUAGAUUUUAUUCUAACUGGUUGGAUUGCUACCGGCAUAAGUCCAUCCAAAAUUAUUCUUGGAGUAUCGACUAACGGGCAUAGUUUUAGGCUCGCGGAUGCCAGUGUCAAUGGUAUACGGGAUAGAACUGUGGGAGCAGGACCAGAACAAAAGUACACUCUGAAAAGUGGCGAUCUAAAUUACCUAGAGGCUUGUGAGAUGGUUCGAGAAGGUGGCUGGACAACGGUUUGGGACACCAGAGCACAGGCAUACUAUACGUAUAAGGGAACUCUAUGGGUGUCAUUCGAAAGCCAAGCUUCGCUGGAAGCAAAGAUGAACCUGGCAAGAAGCAACUCCAUCGGCGGAUUGGGCAUGUGGAAUAUGGAAGGAGAUGACGUGAAAAAUAUCUGCGGUGGUGGCCGCUUUACUCUAUUGAGCUUUAUUGCUAGUGCAUUGCUGCCAGCUUCGAGUGGAACAACUGUCGCAACAUCAACCACAGCCAAGACCACAACUACGACGGCAAAGACUACAACGACAACGGCCAAGACCACAACCACAACUACGACCCAAAAUUCCAAUGAACCGGGCGGAUACCCGGCGUACUGUCCAACCAGUGGGUUCGUCCGGGAUCCAUACGAUUGCAGCUCGUUCUAUCGUUGCACCCCCGGAAGUAAGUUUGUCGCUACUGGAAAGCAAACUUGUGCCAACGGUUUGAAGUUCGAUACCAAGAUUAACGUGUGUAAUUAUGCUGCUAGUGUCGUCUGUUAG